CCGACGUCAGCAUGAGAAGCGUGUACUGGCAGCGUCUUGCAGAAUUCUCUCUCACUUCUGCUUCCUAGUCAGUUGUGACAUAGACGCUUUUGCUCCUGAUCUUGGUAGAAGCAGACUGCCGCUUUAAGGAAGUGCGUAGAGACUUCCUCUUCCACAGAUCCUGAUUGUAGCUUGUCUCAGUCCUUUUUGAUUUUAACGAAAUGAUUUAACGCUUCAGGUUGACCUUUGAUUGUUUUUCAUCGUUAGCCGUAGUAGCGGACUGUUUUUAUGAGCUGGCUGAAUGAUCAAUGUUUCUGGACCUUAUCAUUUAAGCUCUUGGUGUCUUAAGUGCUGUCUGAUUUUCUCCAAGUGACGAAGUUUUAAAGUCCCUCCCCAGGGUCUGUGAAUGAUGCAGGACUUCUGGGGAGACAUUGUGAAUCUGAGGACCACCAGAGGAGCUACAAUAUUCUCGGGCAAUGAUGAGGAAGCUGUUGUUGAUCAGGGGAAAACCAGCUCUACCAUCCACACAAACUUUGAAAACGAGGAACUUGAAAGUCACAGGGCAGUUUACGUGGGCGUACACGUACCUUUAGGAAGACAAAGCAGACGUAGACAUCGCCACCGUGGUCACAAGCACCAUCGGAAAAGGAAGGACAGAGGGUCCGAGCGAGAGGAUGGGAGAGAAUCGCCAGCGUACGACACUCCCUCACAGAGGGUCCAGUUUAUCCUCGGCACUGAGGAUGAUGAUGAGGAGCAUAUUCCUCAUGACCUCUUCACGGAGCUCGAUGAGCUGUCCUUCCGCAGUGGACAGGCUUACGAGUGGAAAGAGAUGGCUAGGUGGUUGAAGUUUGAGGAGGAUGUAGAGGAUGGAGGAGAGCGCUGGAGUAAGCCCUACGUCGCCACGCUUUCCCUGCACAGCCUGUUUGAGUUACGGAGCUGCAUUCUCAAUGGCACAGUCAUGCUGGACAUGAGAGCAAACACCAUUGAGGAGAUAGCAGACAUGGUAUUAGACAACAUGGUGGCGUCUGAGCAGCUGGACGAGAGUUUGAGGGAGAAGGUGCGGGACGCCGUGCUGAAGAGACAUCACCACCAGAAUGAGAAGAAACUCAGCAAUCGCAUCCCGCUCGUACGCUCCUUCGCCGACAUAGGCAAGAAACAUUCAGACCCGCACUUGCUUGAGAGGAAUGGGGAGGGUCUCUCAGCCUCCCGUCUGUCCCUCCUUAGACGUACCUCCUCCACCUCCAGUCCCCCCAGAUCACGCCGUCCCUCCAGAGAGUCCCGCAGUUCCCGUUCCUCCAUCUUUCUUAACCAGCUUCUGCCGAGCGCCAACUCAUCCCCUUCCGCCUCCCCCAAUGCCUCCCCUUUCGCCACCCCUCAAAACACGCCCCCCACCGUCCACCGCGCUUCAUCAUCUCUCCGCUCCCCAGGACCCUCUCAGCAGGGACCCGAGCUGCUGGUGGCACGGGGAUUGAGAGAGGACAUUCCAGAGGUUGUGGUGUUCCCACCCGAGGAGGAGGAGGAACCGCACUCACUGUUUUCCGACCCUCAGGAAGAGCAGGUGGCACAUGACCCGGGCAGGCUGGCACAGCUCUUGCCCCCACCGCAGUCAGGUCUUCUUGCGUCCCCCCAGUCGGCCCCGGGGGGCCUGGAGAACAGUAAGCUCAGUGAAAGCCGUAUGAACGGCGCUGGUGGCAGCAGGGAAAACAGCACUGUAGACUUUAGCAAGGUGGACAUGAAUUUCAUGAAGAAAAUUCCUCCGGGCGCAGAGGCUUCAAAUGUUUUGGUGGGAGAGGUUGAUUUCCUUGAGUGUCCAAUCAUUGCCUUUAUCCGUCUCUCACCUGCUGUUCUUCUCACUGGACUGACUGAAGUGCCUGUUCCAACAAGGUUUCUCUUCUUGCUGUUGGGGCCUUUCGGGAAAGGGGGCCAAUACCAUGAGAUUGGCAGGUCGAUAGCUACUUUAAUGACAGAUGAGAUCUUUCAUGAUGUAGCAUACAAAGCCAAAGACAGGAACGACCUUCUGUCUGGCAUAGACGAGUUCUUGGACCAGGUGACAGUGCUGCCUCCUGGAGAAUGGGACCCCACGAUACGAAUCGAGCCGCCAAAGAGCGUCCCGUCUCAGGAGAAGAGGAAGAUGCCUUCCAUGCCUAAUGGUUCUGCUCCACCAUCAGACAUUAUCAAAGAAGAGGAACACCACGCUGGACCUGAACUCCAGAGGACAGGACGGAUAUUUGGUGGACUGGUGCUAGACGUUAAGCGGAAAGCUCCGUUUUACUGGAGCGAUGUGCGGGACGCUCUUAGCCUGCAGUGCUUGGCCUCUAUCCUUUUCCUCUAUUGCGCCUGCAUGUCCCCCGUCAUCACCUUCGGUGGCCUUCUGGGGGAAACCACAAAAAACAACAUAAGUGCUAUUGAGUCUCUGUUUGGAGCGUCGCUGACCGGUGUGGCCUUCUCUCUGUUUUCUGGUCAGCCUCUCACUAUCCUGGGCAGCACUGGGCCAGUUCUAGUUUUUGAGAAGAUUCUUUUCAAGUUCUGCAGUGAUUACGGUCUGUCCUACCUCUCUCUGCGCACUAGCAUUGGCCUGUGGACAGCCUUCUUAUGUAUCGUGUUGGUUGCUACAGAUGCCAGCUCUCUAGUGUGCUAUAUAACGAGAUUCACAGAGGAAGCCUUCGCUGCUCUCAUCUGCAUCAUUUUCAUCUAUGAGGCCUUGGAGAAACUCUUCCAGCUGGGGGAGAUGUUCCCUUUCAACAUGCACGACAAUUUGGAUAACCUCACAUCUUACACAUGUCAGUGUUCAUCUCCGUCUAAUAUCACAGAGAAGAUGGUACAGGCAUGGAAUCAGUCAGGUUUUAAUCCUGAGACCAUAAACUGGAGUGACCUUGAUGUGCCAGAUUGCAAGAAACUCCAUGGCGAGUUUGUGGGUCCUGCUUGUGGACAUAAUGGCCCGUACAUCCCUGAUGUAUUGUUCUGGUCUGUCAUUCUGUUCUUCACCACUUUCUUCCUGUCAUCCUUCCUCAAGCAGUUCAAGACCAAGCGCUAUUUCCCCACUAAGGUCCGCUCUUCAAUCAGUGACUUUGCAGUUUUUCUAACCAUCAUGAUUAUGGUCUUGGUUGAUUACUUGGUGGGCAUCCCCUCUCCUAAACUACACGUCCCAGAUACCUUUGAGCCCACCUCUAAGAACCGUGGCUGGCUGAUCUCACCUCUGGGUGAUAACCCCACAUGGACGUUGUUUGCAGCAGCCAUCCCUGCCCUCCUGUGCACCAUCCUCAUCUUCAUGGAUCAGCAGAUCACCGCUGUCAUCAUCAACCGUAAAGAACACAAGCUCAAGAAAGGCUGUGGGUAUCAUCUUGACCUCCUGGUGGUGGCUGUGAUGCUUGGCGUGUGUUCUGUGAUGGGCUUGCCCUGGUUCGUUGCUGCCACAGUCCUCUCCAUCUCCCACGUCAACAGUUUGAAGGUGGAGUCGGAGUGCUCAGCCCCGGGAGAGCAGCCCAAGUUUUUGGGCAUUCGUGAGCAGAGGGUUACUGGGCUCAUGAUCUUUGUGCUUAUGGGUCUGUCUGUCUUCAUGACAUCUAUUCUAAAGUUUAUCCCAAUGCCUGUGUUGUAUGGAGUGUUCCUCUACAUGGGUGUCUCCUCACUCAAAGGCAUACAGUUCUUUGACCGUAUUAAGCUGUUCGGGAUGCCGGCAAAGCACCAGCCUGACCUGAUCUACCUGAGAUACGUGCCGCUGUGGAAGGUUCACAUAUUCACAGUAGUUCAGCUCACCUGCCUGGUGCUGCUGUGGGUCAUCAAAGUGUCUGCUGCCGCGGUGGUCUUCCCUAUGAUGGUUCUUGCUCUGGUAUUUGUGAGGAAGCUUCUGGAUUUCUGCUUCACGAAGAGGGAGCUUAGCUGGUUGGAUGACCUAAUACCAGAAAGCAAGAAGAAAAAGGAAGACGACAAAAAGAAAAAGGCAAAAGAGGAAGCACAACGCAUGAUGGAGGCUGAAGGAGGAAUGGAGAUCCCUUAUGAUAAUGGGGACCACCUAGAAAUCCCUGUGAAGACCCUUAAAGUCAGCACUGACCCCUCUGUGGUUAACAUAUCUGAUGAGAUGGCCAAAACUGCUGUGUGGAGAGCUGUUGCCAUGAGCUCUGACAGUGCCAAAGUAUUGAAACCUAGUGCCAGUGAAGAGAAGAUGGCUAGUAUUAAGAUCAGUGUGGAGGAUGAGCAGGGGGAUAAAUGUGUGGAUACAGAGACGUCAUUAUGAGAGACAGACUUUGAGAGCUCACUGUGGACACGUGCAGGGCCCUUCCCAGAGUCCUCUAGUCUGGAACGGUGUUGCUCUGUUCUGUGUGCCCUUCCAACCUGCCAAAGGUAGAGACGCCCGAUAGAGGGCUGAGAUAUGGCUUCCAGGUAUAUUUAUCGAAGUUUCUAUUUUUAAUCACACCAACAAACCCUUUUUUAUUUUGUACAAUUUGUUUUUAAUAUGAAUAAAGCACCAUGAUUUCAGACAUUUAGGGUAUGUUAUGAAGAACUCUUCAGACUCUUAGGUUUCAUAUUUUUAUUUUAUUUUAUUUAUUUUAUUUUUGUCAAGAUAAUGAAGACAAAGUCUUUUAGGAUUAGCUUAACACGCUAAAAUCCUGUUUCUCACGGUACCACAGUUUUCAGAUCAUCACCUAAGAUAUUUUACUUUCAGUAUAUAAAAAUGCUGUUUGUUGCAGAGUGCUGCUUUUAAAAAAUAAAAAUAAAUGCAUAUAUGAGAAAAUGUCUCGUUGAGACCAAAGGUGGUGACAUUAGGCUGCAUGACUGACUUUCCAAACUACUGGAAAAAAAAGCGUGCAAAGCGAACACUUCAAAAUGUCACAUGAAGGACAUAUUAAACCUAAAUACAAAGUAAAUUAUUAUUAUUAUUGUACUUGUAAAAAUGUAAUUCCCAAUGGUGGUCUGACAGAUUAUUUGAUUUAUGUACAAAUACUAUAUUAAAACAAAACAGAAGGAGGAGAACAAACAGAUCAAUUCUUGCAGUCACUCUGAAAUAAAUAGCAAGAAAAAUUCAUACUUGAGUAAUGUAAAUUGCUCCAGAUUGUGUUAAAGAGUUUUCCCCCACAUUCAUUCAUGUGUUUACAUU